UCUGGAAGGCUGAGUUAUAUUUUAAGAUUAUAUCAUUCAAAAUUCGUGAAAAUAUCGUGAACAGUGAUUCGUGAAAAGGGCUUUAUCAUCAUUCAUAUAAAUCACCUUUAAAAACGAAUUACCAUUCAUGUCAUAAUGUAUCAGAGUAGAUAGAUUUUUGGUGGAUUUUUCUAUUUGGAUUAAUUAAUUAGAGAAGAUUUUAACGAUGGGUCGUACGGUGACUGUGGCUGUUUGCACAUUGAACCAGUGGGCGAUGGAUUUCGAUGGGAAUUCCAGAAGGAUUUUGCAAAGUAUUCAGGAAGCUAAGGAUGCUGGCGCUACUUAUAGAAGUGGACCAGAAUUGGAAAUUAGCGGUUACGGCUGCGAGGACCAUUUCUACGAGUCGGACACCUUGCUCCACAGCUGGGAGGUGCUGGCAACGAUCAUUAAAUCACCGGUCGUUAAAGAUAUGCUAAUCGACGUUGGUAUGCCGGUCAUGCACAAGAAUGUGACGUACAACUGUCGGGUGUCCUUCCUGAACCGUCGUAUUCUGCUGAUCAGACCCAAGAUGCACAUGUGCGAGAACGGGAAUUACAGAGAAACCAGAUGGUUCUCGCCGUGGACCAAGGAACGUACGGUGGAGGAUUAUUUUUUGCCAAGGAUGAUCUCACAGAUCACUGGCCAAACGGUGGUACCAUUCGGCGACGCUGUUAUUUCCACCAGAGACACGUGUGUGGGCUUCGAAAUUUGCGAGGAACUGUGGAACCCUAUGAGCAAUCACAUUCCAACGUGCCUGGACGGCGUUGAGAUUAUUGUGAAUGGUAGCGGCUCCUAUUUUGAGCUUCGAAAAGGAUACGUCACCGUCGACCUCGUUAAGUCAGCCACAUUUAAGUCUGGUGGUUGUUACAUGUUCAGCAAUUUACGUGGUUGCGAUGGUUCCAGAGUCUACUUUAACGGUGGAUCCUCCAUCAGUCUGAACGGUCAGAUAUUGAACCGUGGCAAAGAGUUUGCCCUCGAUGAUGUAGAAGUAAUCGUAGCGACAUUCGAUUUAGAGGAUAUAAGGAGCUACAGGAAUCAGAUCAGAUCGCGUUCUCACUUGGCUGCAAGAUCGCCAAGCUAUCCACGUGUCAAAGUUGACUUUGCUCUUACUUCUGAGGACUUGAUAUCGACUCCUCCUGACCGGCCACUCGGCGUUGAUCUUGGACCUUAUGAAAAUGACAAUCCAGCUAGGAAGCUUGUUUAUCAUACUCCUGAAGAAGAGAUCUCGAUGGCGCCUGCUUGCUGGCUAUGGGACUACCUCAGGCGCUCUUGUCAAGGAGGAUUUUUUUUACCCUUAAGUGGCGGGGUUGAUUCUGCUUCAUCUGCAUGCAUGGUUUAUUCCAUGUGCAACAUGAUCGUGGACUCGGUUAACGAAGGAGAUGUUCAGGUGCUGUCAGAUAUCAGGAGAAUAGUCGGUGACUGCGAAUACGUACCCACCGAUCCAAAACAAUUAUGCAAUACCAUUUUAGUCACUUGUUACAUGGGUACCGAAAAUUCGUCUGCCGCGACGAAAGCACGAGCUGCUGAGCUUGCUAAUCAAAUUGGAUCUUAUCAUCAUAGUAUACUCAUCGAUCUUGCAGUCUCUGCUAUUCUGAACAUUUUUCAACAAGUCACCAAGCUAACACCAAGAUUUAAAGUACAAGGAGGUUCUCCCAGGGAGAAUUUAGCUCUUCAGAAUAUACAGGCACGUUUGAGAAUGGUGAUAGCUUAUUUAUUCGCUCAGUUAAUGUUAUUGGUCAGAGGACGACCAGGUGGUCUUCUCGUGUUGGGAAGUAGUAAUGUUGAUGAAGCACUUCGAGGAUAUUUCACUAAAUACGAUUGUAGCAGUGCCGACAUCAACCCCAUAGGUGGAAUUGCAAAGAAUGAUUUAAAGUCAUUCCUUGUUUACUUCAGGAAGAAACAUGGAAUCACUGCUUUAGACAAGAUUCUAGACGCUCCUCCAACUGCAGAAUUAGAGCCUUUACAAGGAGGGCAACUUUCACAGUUGGAUGAAGUGGACAUGGGUAUGACGUACAAGGAACUCGGUACUUUUGGACGCUUAAGAAAACAACAUUGCGCUGGUCCUUUCUCCAUGUUUUGUAAGCUUGUUCAUAUGUGGGACAAAUGUACUCCAAAAGAGGUGGCUGAUAAAGUGAAACACUUUUAUAGAUGCUAUGCAAUAAAUCGACAUAAGAUGACGAUCCUUACACCGUCCUGUCACGCGGAGACUUACAGUCCCGACGAUAAUAGAUUCGAUCAUAGACCUUUCUUAUAUAAUCACACAUGGAAGUGGCAAUUUAAUGCGAUCGACGAACAGAUGAAACGUCUUCUCAACGAGGAGAAGUCACCAGGAGGUCGAAAGGAUGCGCCCAAGGUACCUGCUAAGUUCAGAAACAUUCCGUCCAGCUUCGUAAUCAGUAAUAAAACACAUCCUGGAGUAGUAGUUUAACCGUAGCAGUAGCACUCUCUGUCUCUUAUCAUUUUGACAUUGCAGCCCAGCGAGCACGCCAAAACUAUACAAGAUUUCUAAUAGAACGUUCGAUCGUACGACGGAUCCAUUGUUCCAUUGGCACUGUUUCUUCUGUCAAAACUCUCGUCCCAAUGAAGCUCGGAUUGGAUUGUGCGAUGAAGAAACUUGUCGCUGGAAGAAUCGCAUGACUCAUAGAUUGUAUUAUAUUAAUGCAAUUAAUGAGCGGUUGUAAAAGUAUCAAAGAUAAACGUAUAUAUAUAUAUAUAUUUAUACAGAGA